AUCACGUAGAUUGUCUCCUAAAAGCGACUGCUAGGAAUUUUCAAGAAAGAUGGCUGCCUUCAGCACCUUAUUGAAAUCUUUCGUACGAAAUGCUAAUUUAGUAAAGAAUGGAGCAGCGGUAUCCAAUAAUUUGUUGCGCCCCAACACUUCUAAUGCGCUUGAAGCUGUCAGGAAGAUGAGUGGACAUGAAAUGAUGCAUAUCAAGCCAUCAAGAUGGUCGUGGAACCGAUUCAAGGAUUUAUUGAAUUUCUACGUCAUGCUGGGAGUUAUUCCAGCAACAGUUGUAAUAACCUAUAUCAAUCUCUUUAUUGGACCUGCUAAGUUGGCAGAGAUACCUGAAGGUUAUGUUCCUGAAGUUCAUGAGUAUUAUGCUCACCCAAUCACUCGUUGGAUGACUAAGCAUGUCAAGAAGAGCUAUCAGCAAGAGUAUGAAGUUAUGUGCCAACAUAUUUAUGAAACAGAUUAUGCACGAAAGCUUAGACUUGCUGAGAAACGAGUUCAUCAAAAAAUGCAGGAAAAACAAGAUUCCCAAGCAUACUAUUAUGAACCUGUUACCGGGCGUAACGAACGACACUUCAAGAGCAUGCUCGAUAGGUCCGUUGAGAAUGUGGGAUCUAGAUAAGAAGCACAGAUUUAUCCCCAUUUUAAUGAGGAAAGGAGUAGACAACUGAUAGUCCUUGAAGGUCUGUAAAUAACAAUCUGUGGUCUAUAAGAAUACAAUUUAGACUGAAAAUGGUAA